GGAUAGCUUUCUUGAUGUCUAUUCAGUCAUAAUUUUAUACUCUGAGACUUUGCUUGAAAACAGUGGGAGCCAUUUCAGGUUUAAAUAAAAAAAUAAAAGCAUGACAGCCUCUUUUGUAGUUUAACUUGACCUUUUCCAGUAUUGUUUUUUGUAUGUAGAUUGCCUUAUCUAUGAAUGCAGCCUUUUUAGGUUCACUACCCAUUCCAUCAUUGUCUAAAGGGACUUGCAUGCCCAUAGUUUGGAGUGUAUUGAUUGGUCUAAACCAUGGGGGUGACCUUCGUGGCAGUUUACAUCUCAGACAAAAUCUCUUGAGGGCAGUUUUGGCUCUAGUAAAUUGGCAGGAUUGUCCUAUGUUGAAUGAGGGCCUUGUAAGAUUUUUGCCAACAGAUGUUUAUGCUCUUUGUGCUGGUUGUGCUCCUUUGCCACUCGAUUGCAAGGAACUUUUCCCGUAUCACUCAUCCAUGAAUGUUCUUGUGGAGGAAUGCAUCAAGGGGGAGGAUUUUGAAAAUGACAGUCUGCAUGAACUUUUCGAAUGCUCUGUGGAAGUCCUGGCAAAAAUUGAUCAUGGUUCUGUUCCUAAGGUUUGUCAAUCCCACUGCUACCAAAAUGUACGCCUUCCCCAUCAGGUAAGAGUUUCGCUUCUCCAGGAAAUGGAAACCUAUAUUCUUGAAGCUUUAUUGGAUAAAGAACUCGAAUAGAAACUUCUAUGUGACCUCUUCUAUAAGUG